AUGUCAACACCGUCGUCUUCCGAAGAAGUCGAAAGAGUAGAAGGCGGCGGCGGAUCUUCGUCACGCGGUAGAAGGAUGAGAUUAUCGAGCAUUAAUAGUUACGGGGUUUGGCCGGAGCCAUUUGUCGAAGCUUUUGCGUACAAAGUGGCCAUUGAUGCAGCUCUCAAUCUUGGCCGCCUUGCAGCUGCCCAAGCUCUCUUCCACAUUUUCCGGGUCUGUUCAACAUGGAGGGCCAUAUCUCGCUCAGAGCUUCUAUGGCAGAACCUCACCCAACGCAUCUGGAACAUCAACCACCUUCUCCUCCGCCACACAUGGCGGGAGGAGUACAUCUACCGCCACCGCACCGCCGCCAAUUUCCGCCGCCGCAGAUACGCCCACACCACCCUCCAAUAUUACAUCCCACCAGACGACUACGACAACAACAUUGGUCAACAUUCAUGCCGGCGGCUGGCACUUUCCGACCACCACCUAGCCGCCGGCUUCUCCGACGGUGCAGUUCGCCUCUUCCACCUCCCCAGCAGCCGCCACCUGUCCACGUUCUACCCUCAGCACCGAGAUCGAAUCGGCCGGUUUUCUCGUUCCGUGUCCGGAAUCAUCUUAUCGGACAUUAGUCUUGUCUUCGCCACGCUGGACGGCGAUAUUCAUGCCACGGUCAUUCACGGCGGCGGCACGGGGCCGUUGCGCCGGGCCCACAUGGGGGACGUUGUGAACGACGGCGCUCUGGUCGACUUCACCGGCAAUAGCCGGUGGUGGGUUGGUCUCUAUGCCGGUGUUCCGGGGCGCGCCUUUCACAUAUGGAACAACGAAACGGGAGAGCUAGUCUUCAUCGGAGGAACACUCACCGAUCCCCAAGCACUAAUGGGUUGGCAUUCACUCACCGAAAUAACCGACGACGUCAUCGGCCGAGUCCGGAUCACAAACCACGGAAACGCCGUUAUUGCAUGCACUAGCCUCAGAGUCAUCGUGUUCGACCUACAAAACCAAGUAGGCCUCGUCUUAGGCGAACUACAACAACAACUCGUGCGGUCAAGGGGCAUUAUCGUCAGCUCGUUCGACUCGAACGCUGACUCAGCCCUGAUAGCUGACAGCCGUGGGGCCGCCACCUUGCGGAGGGUGGUCGAUCUAACGGAGAUUUGUAGGUUCACCGUUAGAGGAGGAGGGUUGGUGUUAGGGUGUGUGAAUGGUGGAUAUGGGGUGGUGUUUGGUGGAGGGGUGAUUAGGGUUUGGGAGAUAGAGAGUGGGGGGUAUAUGUAUAGUUUUAGAGAGAGAAUUGGGGAGUUUUGUGAUGCACUUGUUGUUGAUGAGAGGUAUGUGGCUGCUUGUGCUUCUAGUGGGGUUGUUCAUGUUUGGGACUUUGGGGCUCAAAUAUAG